AUGACGAUAACAGCAAGUACAUCGUCAAAUUUACCUGAUAAAGAUCAAAUCCAUGCACAUGUUCGACGUGACGAAUGUCAGACAUUUGUUGCUUAUAGAAGUCUUUGUAUUGGACAUUAUCAUCAAACAUCAGGUAUAACUGUUAAUGAAUCAAAACGUAGACAAUUAAUUCAACAAUCAGCAACUGCUGUUGCAUCAUCAAAGGCAACAAUGAUACCAUCAAAAAUUCAAUCUAUUGAAACACCUUUAACUCUUGGUCUUAAAAAUUGGCGACGAAAAACAGCACAACCGAAUUUACCACCUGUUCAAUCAAUUUUACUUAAUACAUCAACAACUAUAGAUGAGUCAACGGCAACAUCCGAUUCUAAUCAAGCAUGUUCAUCUGCUAGUUCAAUUGAUAAUCAUGCUGACGAUUAUAUUUUUGCUCAAAAAUCAAUUUCAAUAAUACAACAAUUCCAUUCGUUUGUGCUUUAUCAUCAAAAGUUGUUCAUGCAUUAG